UUGUAGUACACAAAUUUGUUAUAACUCUGCUUCUUCCGCAGAGCAAUUCUUCCUGCUUAUGUGUUUUCAAGUUUCCAAGUUUCAACUUCCAACUACCAGUUUAAGAGAUACGAUGGAAGGAUCGACAUCCACGCAAACUGCCAAACGAGAUGUUUUUCAUGUAUAUUGCACUGUAAUGCCUGAUGGUAAAAAAUUGAAGUGUAAUUUUUGUGAAAAGGAAAUAUCCUCUGGUAUUUCACGCAUAAAAUUGCAUUUAGCACAACAAAGAGGUACAGUUGCCCCGUGCAUGCAUGUGCCGCCUGAAGUGGAAAAUCUUGCUAAGGUUGCACUGGAAGAAAAGAGAAAAACAAAAAGGCAAAGAAGAGCAGAAUCUGAUAACGAAGAUUCAGAACAAGUGUAUCAUAAUGAGCCAUGGAAACCUGUGUGUGGUAUAGAUGAAGAAGAACCAGAUUUUCAUGCAGAAGAAGAACAAGCACCAGUCACACAAAAGAAAAAGACUGGGUUCUUAAAAAACCUUUUUGGACGAAAAAAUAAGAAUAUUCAUGCCGGAGAGGGUACAUCGCACGGUCCUCGGGCCUCUGUAGAAAUACCUAGGUCUACUAUGCGUCCAUCACAACCACCUAGGAUGUCUGUGGAUAUGGGAGGACAAUAUAACCCUUCUAGGGAUUCUCAACCUUCGAUGGCAAAAUUUGGCAAAAGCAAAACAUGUCGGGAAAAAGUCGAUUCUUCUGUUGGACGUUUUUUUUUAUGCCAAUGA